AUGGGCUACGGUGAGAGAGGCAGACUGCGGGAGCAGAAAAGAGGGACAUAUGCACACAUCCGAAGUACACCAAAACUUCCACCUCUUCGGGUGACGUCAUUCCUGUUUCAAACUUCCUGCUCUGUCUAUCUAUCCUCUUUUCUUGAAAAGGAACAAUUGUCUUCUCAAUUCAUUUAUUCCGGAACUUCCUCGAUAGCAGCAAACAGUCAGAAGAAAUUGACUCAGGGAAUCACACACAAACGCACGCAGUUCAUCUCGGAAGAGGGCACCAGCACAUUCGGACGCUUUUACGAUGCACGUCUUCUUUUCGAAGGGAAGGAUGCUGCGUUUUCUUGUAGCUGUCACCAUCCCCAAUGUUCAGUGCCCUCCAGGGAGGAGGGCAUACUGGUCCGAGAUGCUUGUAAUGUUGGAAUGUUGGACCUGUCUCACCAUAAGCUUCCUUUCAACCCAUCUUCCAAAUGUGAUGGUCGAAAUGAGAUCACUUAUUCUCGCGUAUCACGUUUGAUUGCCUUGGGUGCAAUCUGUUACGUGCUUUUGAAAUCUGUUGCCUGA